CCGGGCAAGGCAAGCCUUCACGUACAGGAUCGAUCAUCGAUCUCCGGAAAGAUUUGCAUCAGCAGGCAGGCUCAGUAGUAGCCGCCAGUUCUAUAUAACUACCUAGGUAGGUAGGUAGGUAGCUAGUCGUCGCCGGAAUUGAUUGCUUGGCUGGCGGCCAUGGAUGUGGUGGCGCAGCAGCAGCGGCGGCUCCCGCUGCCGCCGUUUCACCAGCAGGGCGUGCCUGCAGGGGCGGAUGGUGGUGGUGGCCGGCAGCCGCAGCAGCACCAGCAGAAGGGCGCCGGCAGCGGCGGCGGGCGCAAGUGCUGCCCGCUGCGGCGGUCGCGGAAGGGGUGCAUGAAGGGGAAGGGCGGGCCGGAGAACCAGCGGUGCCCGUUCCGCGGCGUCCGGCAGCGGACCUGGGGCAAGUGGGUGGCCGAGAUCCGCGAGCCCAACCGCGGCGCGCGCCUCUGGCUCGGCACCUUCGCCACCGCGCUCGACGCCGCGCGCGCCUACGACGCCGCCGCCAGGGCGCUCUACGGGGACUGCGCCAGGCUCAACCUCAUGCCCGCGCUCCCCCAGGCGGCGGCGGCGGCGGCGAACAAUAACAUGGUGGUCAUGAAGGCGUCCCCGGCGGUGUCACCGUCCUCCCCUGGGCGCCACCACCAGUACUACAACUACAAGCAGCAGGAGCCCGUGAUGAUGGCCGCGGCGAUGACGCACUCCGCGCCCUGCAGCUCCGCCGACGACGCCUCGCCCAACUCCAACUGCUCCAACUACUCCAAUUCCAGUUCCUCGGCGGCGACGACCCCGACGGCGGCGAUGCAGCAGAUGAUAGCGGACGAGCUGGCGGCGGCCGCGGACCACCUCCACCAGCAGCAGCAGCAGGCCGAGGCGGAGGACUUCGAGGACUACGUGUCGCGGCUGCCCAAGGCGGAGGACUUCGGCCUCGGGGGCUUCCAGGAGGUGCCCCCCGAGGUGUUCGACGAGGCCGCCGGCGGCGGCAUCUGGGACCACACCGUCGCCUGGCCGCCGUCGCCGGCCAUGAUGCUCGACUCCGCCCUGCAGGUCGUCCCUCUUUAAUUGACUGGACGGCGACUCGACUCAUCCGCCGAUGACGCGCCAACUCGACUGCCUUGCUAGCUAGCUAGCUUCAUCGAUCGCCGGCCGUCGCCGCCAGCCUCCAUCAGCGGCCGCCGGCGAUCGAGGAGGGAGCUAGCGGGUCGAUCGAGCUUGUGUAAGUGGCGAAGUGGAUCGACGCGCGCGCGAGGACAUGAUCUAUAUGUUCUUUCUCAAUUCCUCCUCUUUCCGUGGGUUUCAUUUCGACCGAUCUCUGCUUCAGGUUUGUACAGUAUAUCGACUAGUGUGUAUGCAUGUGUAUGUAUGAGUUGCGAGCUAGAGCUUUGUACUGUAGUGGUGUGGUACUGAUGGUACAUUGC